ACAUGAUGGAGAAGCGUUAUGAGUGCGACGUGUGUGGCAAAGCCUGGCAGAGCCCGAGCGAUCUGGAGACCCACCGGCGGGUUCACACGGGAGAACGCCCCUUCAACUGUUCGGAGUGUGGCAAGAACUUUAAGACGGCGCAUAACCUGAAGAUCCACAGGCGCCUGCACACCGGCGAGCGCCCCUACACCUGCAGAGACUGCGGCAAGAGCUUCACCCGCUCCACCAGCCUGCGGGAGCACCAGCGCACCCACACCGACAAGCGCCCCUACACCUGCGCCCAGUGCGGCAAGGGCUUCACUCAGUCCAGCACCCUGCUGUCCCACCAGCGCACCCACACUGACGAGCGCCCCUACACCUGCGCCCAGUGCAGCAAGGGCUUCACUCGCUCCGACAGCCUGCUGAUGCACCAGCGCACCCACACCGGCGAGCGCCCCUACACCUGCAGUGACUGCGGCAAGGGCUUCACCCACUCCAGCAACCUGUUGGUGCACCAGCGCAUCCACAACGGCAAGCGCCCCUACACCUGCUCCCAGUGUGGCAAGGGCUUCACCCACUCCACCAACCUGCUGGAGCACCAGCGCACCCACACCGGCGAGCGGCCCUUCACCUGUGCCCAGUGCGGCAAGGGCUACACCCGCUCCUCCAAGCUGCUGUCCCACCAGCGGGUGCACGCCGGCGACUGUCCCGUCCCCAGCCCAGUGUGUGGGGAGGGCAUUGCCAUGGCCUCCCAGGCCCUGUCUCACCAGAGCAUGCACACCAGUGACCAGCCCUACGACUGUCCGUACUGCGGUGCGGAGUUUGACAGCUUGCAGGGGUUGCGGCAGCACCAGCGGACCCACGCCGGCGAACAGCUGCUUCCACUGUGACAAGAGAGCACGGGGGCUGCGGAAGCACCAGCGGAUACACACCGGAGAGAGACCCUUUGUGUACGCUGAGCGUGGUAAGUGUUUCACCCGCAUGUCCAGCCUGUGGCAGCACCGGCGCACCCACAGCAGAGAAAGUCCCUUCCCUUGCCCGUCCAGUGGUAAGGUCUUCACCCUCCUUGACCACCUGCUGGAGCACCGGCGAGUCCACACCGGCCAGCGCCCCUUCACCUGCCCGCUCUGUGGCAAGGCCUUUGCCUGUUCCUCCAGCCUGCUGGCACACCGCCACGUGGAUAGGAGCUGUUUAGGUAAACAUGAAAUGCUGG